GACUGCUGUUAGCUGUUAGCUGCAAUCUCCAGUGCCAGUCCAGCAAUCAUGGCGCCAGUACUAAACACGCUCGCGACACUGGCCGUGGUCGCUUCGUCGACGUCGGCCUUCGUUGUCACGCCCGGCGAAGUCCGACCAAGGUCCCUGACGACAGCAGCAGCAGGGUCAACAGCAACUGCACGACGCGUGGGCGGCGGUGCGGACAGCAGCAGCAGACGAUCACGAAGAGCACCGGUGGGCUUGCUGCGCUCCUCGGAGACAACGGCGGAGUACGAACUGGACGAGAAGGAGCUCCGCGGGCCUCUCACCCCCGUGGAAGACACCGUCAUGGUCAAGGUGGACAAGCAGAAGGCUGUCACGGAGGGUGGGGUUUUCUUGCCCAAGAUGAAGAACGUCAAGAUCACCAGGGGGACUGUGACGGCGGUGGGAGAGGGGAAGAGGCACUGGGACACCGGGGUCAAGAUCCCCAUCACGGUAGAGGUCGGCGAGCGCGUGGUGUACGGCAACUUCGACGGGACGUCGGUGCAGUACCAGGGCUCGGAGCACCUGCUCAUGAGGGACACCGAGCUCCUCAUGGCGUACGAAGGGGAAGAGAUCACCUUGGACACAGCUCGCAUGCUCGGCGACAGGGUGCUUCUGCAGGUGAAAGCCGUACCGAAGGGGACUUCCUCUUCCGCCGCGGGUGUUCUCAUCGCCGAGUCAGCCACGCGAUCCACCCGCCCUACCGUCGGGCAGGUGGUGAAGGUUGGCCCGGGGAGGAUGGUUCCCAGCGGGCUCAUGAUGCCCAUGUACUGCGAGGUCGGGGACUGCGUCAAAUACAAGGACUUCGCGGCAGAAGUGAUCCAGAUCGAAGGCCUAGAGACGGACGAGUUCGAGCUGGUCUGCAUCCGCAACGUCGACAUCCUCGCCAAGUGGUGACAAGGACACACACACGCCCUUCGGUUUGGCAGAAAGCCGGAGUAGGGGCGCCGACUCUGCCUCCCGUAACCCUCUUUGGUGCCGUGAUACACCGUUGACACGGCGACGCGAGCAUAAAUGAGUGUUUUGGCGAAUUAGUUUUCGUCCGUGGCAUGGGGGUUCUCGCCGACGGCGACUACACCGCCGACGGCGUGACACCUUUCGCGUUCGGGAGAUGCAGUUAGUUGCCUUGGUCCCCAAUUGCGCAUGUAUCCGUCAAAGUUGAGUGAACUCAAGCGUUGUUUUUUUGGCCGCGGGGUCUCGGGUUUUUGAGCUUGCCAUUCGCCGAGAGGCUGUUCCACCAUUUUUGUGGUAAAACCGGCAAUGAACGCGACCCUUUCUGCAGCAGUAGUUAGCAAUGGCUGCGCGGUCGGCAGGGAUUUUCUGUUGAACAUCAGUACACCUGCAGCAAGUAACACUUUGUUCGUGCUGACGAUCGAUAGUGGACGUUGGCCUACCGUUGAUGGUAGAUUGAAAAAUAUGGAAAAACUACUUUGC